AUGGCUUUUUCCGAACAGCACCAGGAUUUGAUAAUGACUGGAGAAGGAGGAGUCAGCAUCAAAGCCAAAACAUCUGUACAUGACUUGAGCAAGACGCAGCAGACCAAACUCACUGUGGGCCGCCUAGGAUUAGGCCUCAUCAUCAUCCAGCAUGGACCCUACCUCCAGAUCACCCACCUCAUCCGGAAGGGGGCUGCAGCCAGUGAUGGGAAACUCCAGCCAGGUGAUGUUCUGAUUAGUGUUGGCCAUGCCAGUGUGUUGGGAUAUACUCUGCGAGAAUUUUUACAGCUUUUGCAACAUAUCACCAUUGGAACAGUGCUACAAAUCAAGGUUUACCGAGAUUUUAUUGACAUUCCUGAAGAAUGGCAAGAAAUAUAUGACUUAAUCCCUGAGACCAAAUUCCCAGUAACAAGCACACCAAAGAAAACUGAGCUGUCAAAAGAUGAAUCUUUCACAAGCGGUGAUGAUAAUGAACAUGUAGUUUUAGAUAAAAGACUUCAAUAUUAUAGAUAUCCAUGGUCAACUCCGCAUCACCCUGCAAGGAGACCAAUAUCCAUCUCCAGAGACUGGCAUGGAUAUAAUAAUAAGAACCAUAUUAUUAGUGUGGGAAAAGACACUAAUUGUGAUGUGAUGAUUCAUAGAGACUACCAGAAAGAAGUGAGGGCCCCUUCUCCAUACUGGAUAAUGGUGAAGCAAGACAAUGAAAGCUCUUCCUCCUCUACUUCCUCUACCUCAGAUGCAUUUUGGCUGGAAGACUGUGCCCAAGUUGAAAAGGGUAAAGCCCAACCGGAAUCAGAGGUUGGUUAGCAAAUCUGUGUUCAUAUAAGCAUUUAUCUUGCAGACACCCCAGUUUUGUGCCUCACCAUGCAAAAGUUUGCUAUACUUAUCAAGGACUGUCUACAGACUCACCAAUUCUCUUCUCUUCUGACUGCGUUUAUAAAGCCAUUAGAGAUAUUCUUCAACAGCGUUAUCUAAAGACUUCCCUGGGGUCUUGCAGGCCUCACAAAUCUCUUCAGAAUAAGACCCUCCUUUCUGAGAAGAAUUUAUUUUUAGAAAAUGCAGUAUAGAAAUCUAGUAUCAGAAUGUCUGAACACAGUAAAGAAUGGCACUUUAUGUAAACACAUUUUUCUUUAAGUAUUUAGUUUCUGUUUUUGUAAACUUCAAGUACUAUAAUUAAAAUAAUUAAGAGAUAGAUUCCUUGGCUAGUUAUUCACAUUAGCAUUUUUUUUCCACUUUUUAGCUCUUUUACUUUAAAUGUUGAGUUGAGAGUUAAUUACUUGAAAGAGACAGGACAGUAACAGAUAAGAGACAGAAGAUGAGAGAAAAA